CUGCACCCAACACCAUUUCUCAAUCUGAUAUGGCAACAGCUCAUGGCGACUCGCUACAUGAGACACUGCACGCCUUCGAGGUGUAUGCAACUGCCCUACAUCCUCUGCUGGAUAAUUUGGAAAGCCUCCAAAAGGCCUUGAGCCUCCUACUUCGAGGUGACAGUACCGGAGGUGGUGUUCUUGUGAACCUUGGGCCUUUGCUUGACAGAUGCUGUAUGGAUGAUGUGGUCAAGUGGUGCCUUGAACCUCGGGAGGGGCCAGCUGCCGUGGCCCGCGUCACCAUCUUAGAGUUUGCUGCUUCGGCUGCUGCGGACUCCACUGCGUCAUGGGUUCAGAUGCUGAUAGAUGAAGCACCUGCAGUUCUCACGAGAACACCCAACUUGGUGCCCAGCAAAUUUGGAAAUGUACUCUCUGGCCUUUUGAAGGAGGAGCAGGCCUCCGAGUGGCUCAAGUUGUUGGGGGAGCAAGCCUUUGCGCCCUCAUCGAACACAGCGACCGGUCCCUUGGAGAAGAGCGAAGCAUUCCAGGCCUUUGCCCAGGCUGCAACUGCAAUGCUACCCACCUUCAGCAACCAAUCCAUGUGUUCUGAUGCAUGGCAGGUUGCCCAUCGAGCCAUGCUGGACGAUGCUACAGUGAGGAAGAUCUGUGUCCAGCAACUCUUGCCAAGCCUGGCGUGUGUCAGCCACUCCCAUCAGGAGGCUGCUAGCCGAAUCUCUCAGAUGAUCCAAGCUGUGCUGGGAGCAGCAGAAGGCGGGAAGCAGUGCCUCAUCGCUUCGAUUCGAGAGGCCUUGAAUUUGGCCGUGGCCUUUUCCAACCUGUUGCUGGAGCACUGGAAACUCCCAUCUCUUCAAGGAGACCACAGCAAGAUCGGCGUCGUGUUGAUCUCGGACGGCCUGCGCUUGGGACUGAAGGACUGCGGUAGCUUGCGAAAGCAGGCACGCUUCUUGCUGGAAUCAGCAGUCCAGAGGGCCCUCGCCUGCAAGGAAGCAGAAAGCCAAUUUCGGCAAAUAGCCGGGGUGAAUCUGGCUUCCGUAGCUUCGGCGUGGAGAAGCUACUGGGAACUCUUUGAUACUCUGGAGGACUACUCCAGCCACUUGAUCAAGGCGAGUUGGGAUGCCCUGAGCUCACGCUUAGUGCAGUAUUUGGCCGAGCUCCCCAAGGGUUCAUGCCUUCCGCCCAUGGUUUUCAAUCCGAGCUGGCUGGAAGUGUUUUUGGUUCGGGCGCUCGACCAUGAUAAUGACAGCGUGCAGAAGUUCGUGCUGGGAAAGCUUAUGAGCCUCGAUCAACGAGCUGUAUGCCUUUCUGAGAGCUUUAUUCUGACCGAAGUCCUUCCCAGAUUUGGGCGUGGAAUCGACAGCCUGUAUCCUCGCACAGAUGUGGAGAGAAGUUUCGAACAUCAAGUGAAGAGCUUCUUCCUGGGCUUCUCUGCACAACAUCCUGAAGGUGCAGCUACGGCAGCAACGAGGUUGCUGGAAGCACUGUUUGAAGUGCCAGCGAUACAUUAUACUCCAGUGCGUUUGGUUCUUUCAGCACUGAUAGAAGCAGAACUGGACAAGCGCAUAUUGACAUCGAGCCGAACAUUGGAACUGACAGAUAGGUUCUUUAGCCAGGAGAUGCUUUUGCGAAUGCCAAACAGCAUCCGGCAGCUCCUGGCAUCAAUUUUCCUCCGAGUGCUUGUGCACCUGUGCAUAGAUUCCAAAGAUUCUUCGGAAUCUGCCAUUCUUGUGGCCAAAGUUGCCAAAACAUUUGCUUCAAUCCCUGAUGCCUUGCUUGUUCCUUUGCGACAUGAUCUUCGCAGCGUGGCGGAGAUGUGUCUCGCUUUGGACGCAGAUGCUGCUGCUGCUUGUGUUGGGAUGUUCAUGAACACCCUCGUGUCGAGCGAUGAUGGAAUGCUUCCAAUGGAGGCUGCUCAGUUGUCCCUGGGUGCAGUACGUCUUCUUUGGGCUUUGCAAAGCGGAAAGGAUUUCUUCGUGAGCUUGGCGUGGCCUGCCAUCGUACCUGCUUUACAGGAUUUGCACCGGCGCAGCUACAUGCCACGGAGGACCGCGGUCUCUGCUCUAUAUAUUCUAGCCUAUUCAGCCAGCUUGUGGCCAGAGGCUUCCACUCAGGUGGACUUACAUUCUGAAGCGCGAAGUGAGAUCCUCUCCUAUGUGGAGGGCAAAGCCUUGAUCUCCAUUGGGCAAGGGAGGCCAGAGGAGGUGGUGCAAGAAGCGCCAUGGGUCUGGCUCUACGCCCUGGUGCUGGAACGGUUCUGGCAUCCUUCUGCGCAGGUGUGCCAGGUACUUCUGACACACACCAAGAGCUUGCUCCAAGAAGAAGUCGGAACCGGGGCGGCCGCAGUGUUAAGUCAUGUUGCAGCUGCUUCACUGCUUGGUGCCAUGGCGCCCAAAGUUGACGUCGCUGAGCAGUGCAAGAUCUUUCAUCUCCUAUGCCAAUUUCAAGCGCCUGGCAAGCCUGCUGGCGUGGCAGACUCCAGAUUUGUCAUUGGCGUCACGGAAGAACAUGGACACUGGGAUCGCCUCCGCCUGGAGGAGUUUGAAGAUCUCCAUCGGAUGCAACGGGAGGGCUUGGGUCGCAUCCAAGAGUGGCGUGAUGCAUCGGCCGUUGUUUUGGUGGCCAAGUGGCGCGCUUUGGCACAGAUCGCUUCUUCAGCAGGAUUCUAUGAUGGCCUUGCUGCAUCUGGUGGCAUUGUUGAGGUUGCAGCUGAGAUCCUUCUUGAGCUCGAUUCAUUGCAAACCCCGCAUGUGGCAUAUUGGGCCAUCGUUGCACGUCGACUCGCUUACCCAGCCUAUUUUCAAAGCAAAGCGAUUUUAGGAGAGAAGCAGGAGGAGAUGCUGCAAAAUCUCUGUCGAUGUAUACGUGGCUUCAUCUCGCAGAGCAUUGGAGAUAGUGCCAUCGUCAUGAGCCGCGGCUGCAUGCUGGAGCUGUGUGGCGCCCUCUGUGAUCCCGAGCUCCGCGCAGCGGAGCAGCGUCUCCACUCGAGGGCGCUCACCAGCUCCGUUGCAGAGCUGCUUGCCCUGGGUGAAGUUGGUACAGGUGUCUCUCGCUCCUUGACGGUGCCCUUGCUCUCCAUGCUCUUCGCUGAAACAUCUUUACCUGAUGGUGCAGAGGAAAGCGUGGCCUCCGCUGCGGACUUGUUGACCGCACUAGUGAUGCACAGUGAGUACACCAUCAAAGAUGGGGCUUUCUGUCACAGCACCCUUCCAUGCACAGGAGCUUUGGAUGACGAUGGGCCCGGAGGUCAAGCAACACUUGCUGCAACGGUUCCAGACGCUGAAGCUCUUUGUGCAAAGUUCGGAGGCACCACAGGACUUCCCCGCAUCAUGGCCUUGGCAGCGCUGGACGGCUUCGCAAGAACCUCCACCUCGCAAGGUCAUGUUCGGAUACCUGCCCUCAUUCGGGAGAUCUUGAUCAGGCUUUUGGAAGCGCUUCGCAAAGAGUUGCAGGCACUUCUGGACAGGCCAGGUGGCGCCAACAAACCCUUGACGCCCAUGCCCCUGAGUCCACAGCACCGGCUGCAGCUUCGUGGAUGGCAGGCCGUGCUGAUUCUGGGUUGCCAUGCGCAGAAAGACAAAGAGACAGCCGAAAUGCUUUUGUCAGAGCUUUUCUGGCACCUCAGGACGCCACACCUGCCCGAUGUACGUGAUUACCAGGAACUACUGGGUUGCCUCCUUUGCCGGAGCUUUCAAGAUCUGGCGAUGCAACAUUUGAUACCUGCCCUGGGGUGCUAUCACUGCAAUAAUCAAGUCAGUGCGUCUCUCUUGGUUAUUAGCAGCUUUCUCUUUCGCGAUUGGGUUUCAUCCCCGCCACCGUUCCCUCAUCUGCCGCUGCUCGUGGCCGUGGUGCCUUACCUGGGCCACAAUUCAGCCUAUGUCCGAGGAACAGCUUCAUGGGGAUUCUAUGAGCUCAUUGAGGCGGCGAAAAACAAUGGAUCUUUUCCUGAUGGAGAUGCAUCUCAGAGGCUACUCUUGGAGUUGCACAGCUUCCUGGCCACCAACCGCGAGUGUCAAAAGAUGCGGAGAAGACUGCGCCCGAUCUUCCUCUCCUACGACACUUCCAAGUCUGCUUUAGCAGCCCUCACGAAGCUUUCAGAAGUCUUGCCAUCAGAUGGGAAAGAGAUCCUGCAGCCAUUGCACAUCUUUGCGAAUGGAGAUUUCAAGCCUUCUCAAACCUUCCUGGAGCUGUUGAAAGACGAAGUGGCACAGGAGAUGGAGAGGAUUUUUGAGGGAGAGGAUCCUAGUCAAUAUUCUUCCUCAUCAGAGCACUGGCAGGAGGCGCAGCUAGCAGCGUUGCGAGCUGUGCGCCAGCUUCAAGGUCCCGUGGAAGAAGAGCAGGAAGCCACUGGUCUGGUGCAUGCCGCAGGGGGAGCCUCUGGGUUGCAAAGGAAAUUUGUACCUCCAGCACCACCGCGGCUGCCAGAUGAUGCAGGCGGUGCUUCCACAUCCAAGCGAGCUCCAUUGGUGGUUCUUGCCUCUCUAGUUGAUAAGCUGCCGAACUUGGCCGGGCUCAGCCGCACCUGCGAAGUCUUCCAUUGUGAAGCAUUGUGUUUGCCAAAUCUCAAGGUGGUCUCGGAACAGGCCUUCCAGUCCAUUUCCGUGACCGCGGAGAAGUGGCUUCCGCUGCGAGGAGUGCCGAAGUCUCAGUUGAAGGAGCACCUCUUGGAGCUUCGAAGAAGUGGAUACAUCUUGCUGGGCGUGGAGCAGACGCACACCAGUGUGCCAUUGGAUCAGUCUGGGCCGACAGAAAAUCCAGGAAAAUCAGAAAGAAGAGUUGAUGAAACCUGUGGAAGAGAGUUUUGUUUGUUUAUGUAUUCUUUUUCCAUGUUGCAAAGUAGUGUGGAGCACACAGGAAGUGGAUUUGGGUUUGCUCAGGUGGCAAUUUUCCGAGCACACAGCGAUAUUGCUAGGCAAGAUUUGCAUUGCAGCUGGAGUUUCGGAGCACUUUCGCAAACGAUGCAGCAGGUGCCGAGAAGGAGGGUAUCGAUGCCGAUUUGCUGCCUCUACUCGACGGAUGCGUGGAGAUUCCUCAACAAGGGCAACUACGAUCCCUCAACGUCCAUGUAAGUGGAUCCAUUGUGAUUUGGGAGUAUGUUCGCCAGGCGCGAAUGCGCGCUGUAACAGCGAAGGCUUCUGAACCGUCUUGAUUGCGAAGAGGAAAA